AUGUCUGAUGGUGCGGGCUUCCAAGUUUUUGUUGGCAGCCUCCCCGCUGACAUCUCCGAGGAGGAGCUGAAGUAUGUCUUUCAAAGCUACGGCGAUGUGAAGAACAUUCGAAUCUUGAGAGCAGAAGAUCGAAAAGGGAAGGGUGCCGACCUCAGCGAACUGAGCGGAUCAUGGCAUCGGCGGCUCAACCGAUUGGGCGCUGCGCGGCAGAGCGCCGACGCGGCACUGCGCGGCUUUGCAGAGCAGGAUGCAGCUUGGGCCGUGAGCCGCGAGCUGCUUAGCGACGCUGACCCAAAUGUGCAGUUCUUUGGCGCUCAAACUCUGUGCCGACGCGUGCAGCGGGCCGCACAGGGCUAUCCGGAGCCUGCAGCAGGCGACUUAAAGGACUGGGUGCCUGUGCUGCUGAAGCACCUCGAGACGGAUGCCACGAAGCCCUCGAAGCAGCAACUCGUUGUGGCACUGGCCGCAGUCGUUGUCGCUCUUUGCAGCACAACUUGGAAGACUGGGGUGGCGGAUCUUCUCGCUCUGGCCGAGCGGCAGCCGAAGAUCGCCUGGGGCACCCUGGUCAUCAUUCCCGAGCAGCUCUCAGAGGUUGUACACAAGUAUCUGAAGGCGGAUGCACGGACACUGGCCCUGUUACACCACGCCCAGGGGAUGCUCGACAUGGCAGUGAGAUAUCAGCCAACGUCGGACGAGGCUCCGACAGGGACGCUUGGAGAUCCAGACUUUUCGUUGGCGCUGCAGACUUUGACACAGUGGUCCAAGGUGAUGGGGCUGCAGCUGCUGGAGCACGAGGGCUUCGCCCAGUACCUCAUCGGGCUUUUGAGUGGUCCUGCGGGCAACUUUGAAGUCGUGAUGGAUGCCGUAGUGGAAGUCCUUCGCAGAACACCAGGUGCUUUCAUCAUAUACGAACCAGUGCAGACGCCCGUGCCAGCACUGGAAGGCCUCCUCGGUGCAGUCUCUCGAGCGAUGAAGGCUCUCCUGCCUACACUGCAGAGCGCGGCGCAGCAACAGGUCUCGCUCGACAUGGCUGAAGGGCGGCUGCUUCAACGCUGGGCCGAACUAGCUGGAACCCUGGUGGAGGCAUACACUCAGCUUCUUUGGCUUGAUGCCGAAUCUUCGGAGGUGCUGCUUGCCUUCAUCGGGGCCUGCUUCGUCGUGCAUCCACAAGUGGCACAAGCCGUGGCAGAGCUUUGGGCAAUUCUGAAGGAUGCACAGCGCGACAGCAAGCUCCCAGAGGGUGUGAUGCCAAAGAUCCUGCAUCGCCUGGUGGAGCCGUCUAUCCUGUCCUUCGUUCGUUUUGGACGUUUCGACUCGCCUCACACAGAGGACCGCAGCGACCUUGUGCAACUUCGCAGCUCCCAGCAGGACAUCCUGGUGGACAUGUACUGCAUCGCUGCGGGGACUGCCGAAGCCCAGCUGGUUCUCAAUGGCCUGUUUAGCAGCCUCGAGAAGUCUGAGUCUGCGACAGACUUGCUCGGCAUGGAGGUGGUUUGGUACGCGUUCCAAGGGAUCUCCGAAGUGUUGGCAGAUGAGCCAGCGAUCCCGGAUGUCUACAACAAGGUUCUGCCCACCGUUUUCAGAGUAUCCUCUGCGCCUGCAGAAGUUCUUUCCACGGGGGCGGCCUUGCUUCGAGGCUGCGGCCCUCACUUCGAGGAGCGACUCCAGGCCCACCUUGCACCAGCUGUACAGUGGCUUAUGUCCGUCGUGACGCAGAUCCCCCUGCAAGCCAGCGAGGUGAUUCAGGAGCUCUGCGGGUAUGCUGGCAAGCUUUUGCUGCCGCACUUCGAGGAGUUCCUGAAAGUGGUUUGUCAGGUAGCACAGUCAGCCCCAAGCGAAGUUGAUGCUUCUCUUCAUGGGGCAUUGGUUGGCAUCACGCGCGACCUUCCAGAUGAGCAAGCAGCCCUAGCGUUUGCAAACGUUUGUGAUGGUGCUGGGAUGCUACUGAAAAGCGGACUGGACAUUUCCAGUGAAGCAGGCCGAGCGAGCUUCCAUCGCGUGCUCAGCCGCCUGCUGCGAUGUGUGAGCGUCGCGGAGGAGGCUGGCACAGCACCAAUCACGGCUGGUGCGCCGAAAGCCUCGAGGACUGCAUCACGAUGUCUGGCCAGAUUCUUGCUUCUGCACUGGGCAUCUACCGCACCUUUGUGCCAGACCCUGCUGAUGGCAGCACCCGCUACGAAAGAUGCAGCAAAAGGAAAGCCCAUCUUUGAGUACUCCGAUGUGGCCGUGCAGGUGAACGUCUUGGCACUGCUACGUCGAGCUGCGAUGGCAGCUGCAGAGGUUCCCGAGGCGGCCCUGGCAGAGGGACUGGCGUCAUUGGCUGUGGCCUGUUGCAAGGAAGGGCAGUUGGCUCCGCUGUCUUCGAUGGCAGCGUUGUCAGCCAAUCCCGACGUGGCACGCAGCCACGUGAUGCCUCAUUUGGAUGUCAUCUCCAGCGCGGCAUUGACACAUGUACAGCACGGCCGCGCUGCAGAGGACCUGAUCCCUUUCCUUGAUCUUUGCUCCUGUCUGGCGGCUGCUGCAGGUGAUGCGCUGUUUGCCUCUCCACAGGUGCCGCCGCUGGCCCAACUUUCGGUGGCUGCAUUGGCUUCUACAGAGCAUGAUGUGCUGAAGCCUGUGCUGGUUUUCUUGCAGCGACUGCUUACGUCGCGAGCUCUCUCGCUGGGCGAAGGCGACGUCUCCAGCUUGGCACAAGCUAUAUUUGCCAGCUUCCACACGUGGCCAAGGAGCAUGAACACGCAGACCUUCAAGGUUUUCUCAGCCUUGGCGGAGAGACACGAGCAGGUCUACAUGUCCACCAUUGCAGCUGCCGCUGGAGCACCUUUCUUGGUGCAUCUUUCCCCUGCGGACAGGCUCUUAGCCCAGCAGGGCCUCGCCCGCCUGCGUGGGCCGAAGCUCCGAGCUCUGCUCGGAGACCUUGCGCUGCUCACCCGGGGCGAGGCUUCAGGGCCUUUUUACUCAGCUACUUUACUAGCAGCUAGCAUUAUUGACACUACUUGUCAGUUCCGGUAUUGUUAUGGUUCCUAG